AUAGGUGUCACAUAUAUAAAGAUGAGGUUCAUCUCAUGUAACCUUAGAGGUGUAAAUUAGAGCUUGUCAUGCUAUUUCCUUGUAGCCAUCAGAGAGAAAUAAGCAUUUUCACAGUACAAUUCCACCUGCCUGGUAUGAGCUGGAGAUAUCCAAGGUCAGACUGGAUGGGGCUCUAAGCACUCUGAGCUGUGGGUAUCCACAUUCACCAUUGCAGGGGCGUUGGGCUAGAUGACCUUUAAAGGUCCCUUCCAACUCAAAAGAUUCUGUGAUGCUAUGAGCUGUGCUCAGGAAACAUGCAUUAAUCUUUUAUUGACUCUACAGGCAAUGAUGAAGACUAGCUCUUCAGCCAGACAGUUUCUGUCCAGCAAUCAACAGAGGUCUGGAAACAAAUCUGGGAGUCUGUGCCAUUUUGUCCGGAAGAUGAUGCUGGCGCUGUGGCAGGAUCUGCCACCCUCAUACCACACAGCAUUAUCACAUCCUUUGUGCCUCGAGGCAGAGAGCAAUGAGCAACGAGAGCUGACAUCUUCAGAGGUGAAGUGAAGAUCAGGACCACCGUGGACGGCUGGCUCUUCUUGCUGUGCCACAUCCAUGGAGCAUCCCAAGUCCAGCAGAGACAACCCAAGGCACAACUCCUGAGCAAGGGACUGCUGUUUCUAAUUAGUAAUGAACUGGAGCUUGAUCUGACGUAUUUCCACACACAACCAACAAUCUAAUUUCCAUACGGAGUGAGCCAGCCACCAAACUGGAAAUCUUGUUGACGCAACUGCUAAUUAUCCUCGGCAUAAUUAACAAGCAGUAACACAGUUUGUGUAUGGCACAGAGGACAAACCUGGGGCUCCCAGGAGACAGAAGCACAGUUCUCAUGGAGAGGUGAUUUUGCAGGAUUACCAGAGGAACCGAGUGGCUGCAGUGAUUGUGGGGUAUCAUCAUUCUCUCAUGGGAGGAAAUGAGCUGAUGGAGCCUCAUCUGUCCCCCAGGGGACUCUCAACACUGUAUCUGGAAGUGUGCCCUCCUCUUGGCUCUUUGAGGGGGUUGUCACCUGCUUCUUAUGAAUUGCCACAAGUUCCAAGGGUAUUUUGUGCUCUGGAAUGAAAACAGCACAAACUGGGUUGAACAAGGUGCAUCCCUUCAGCCAAGCCACUCAUAUCCAUUGAGACUGCAGCAUAACAUUAGCAUUAUCUUAGUGAUGUGGACCAAGGUUGUAUGAGAUGCACUGAAGGUUUUGGGUGGCUGGAGCAGACAGGUACUCCUUGAUGCCUUAUCUGGCAACAUCAUUGAUCUUUGCAUCACUGCCAGCCAAUCACAGUCUGUACCAAGCAGCUGGGAGUAGACUUGGAGUUUGUACCCUAUUUUGUAUGCAACUUCAGGAUAAGGUAUAUUCAAGAUACUAUUUUGCCCCAUGAAUAGAAUUUGGCUUACAGCCAUAGCAGAGACUCGGUUCAAGGUUAAUCAGAAAUGCCAUAAAACACCUUGCAUAAUGAACCUGUGAGUUUCAGCUGGCAAAUCACCUGGAAAAUUCACACCAAACUCUUGAAUAAAGGAGGGAGCUUUCUCUACCCAUGACCUUGCAAAGCACCUCUGGAAAAACCCAUUUUCAACACACAUCCUGGCUCCACCCCUUGACAAUCCAGCUUGAACUCCUGGUUGAGAAAUCCAAUAAAAACGUAUUAUGGCCAACUUUCCCUGCCUGGAGACUAUAUAUAAAUCACCCACAGUCACAACUUCAGAUUGUAGCAGGAGCAUUUGAAAAUCCUCUACAGUUUUGGGGCUGCAAGCAGCAUCACGUGAAUAAACCUAUUUAUGUGCUUCUCUUUCACACGGUGAGCAAGAGCUCAUCCCUCAAAGUCCUCCCUGCAAUGCUGCUGCUGCUGCUGCAGAUCUCACUGAGCUGCCUCUGGCUGGGACGUGGUGAGGUGGUAACAUCCUUUGAAAGUUCAUGCCCUCAGUUUUUCUUCCGGGAAACCCCCCCAAAUGAAGCCCUGGAACCAGAGAGCCCAGCCUGGAUCUGCCAGCGUUACAAGAAUCAGUAUUAUUUUGCCACCUUGUAUGACAGGAGCAGGCGUAUUCCCGUGUAUUCUGCUUACCUGUACCAACCUGGAUCUGGCACAAGACCCAAAACCUGGCUGGUGGAACCCCAGCUGAUGGGCCUGAGUUAUCCCAAAACAAUGGAAAGAGAAUGGACACUCUCAAAAUAUUACAACGUCACUUCAGAGCAGAUUGGCAAGAGCCAAGCUAUCCUUCAGGAUUACAAGAACCUGACGGGUUUGAACCGCGGCCAUUUGAACCCCAGUGGACAUCACUCUGACUCCAGCAGCAGGACGGCAACCUUCAGCCUCACCAACAUCGUGGCCCAGAAUGAGAAACUCAACGGUGGUGCCUGGAACAACUAUGAGCAGCAAACCAUGAUGAGGAGGACGGUGGGGUGUAACACAACCUACGUCGUGGUGGGUGCUGUGCCUGGGAACAACUAUAUUGCCAAGGGCAGAGUGAAUAAGCCCAGCCACAUCUGGUCGAGCGCUUGCUGUGAGGUGGACGAAAGCCACAGGGAGGCUUGGGGGGUCAUUGCUGAGAAUGACAAGAAUGAGGUACAGCUCCUCACGCUGGGGGAGCUGGAGGAGGUGUUGACCCACCUUUAUGGGAGGGAUCAGGUUUAUCUGUUUGAUAGUGACUGUCCUAGGGAAUAAGCCCUGUUUCACAUCAUAGGUAUCCUAUCAUACCCACCAGCAUUUGUCCUACUUUCUUCUCUAGGGGUUUUCCAGUUGCACUCAGAGCCUCUUCUUUGAAAAUAAAAGGAAGAGGCCAGUAGAGCCUCUGGCUCAUUUGCUUUCCUACUCUGCUGCCCACCCUUGCAAUAAUGGUUCUGGGAUGAGUCCCUGAAAGCUCUGGAGGGACAGUCUGGAUACCAGUCCGUGGGUAAGGAAUCAGUUUGUCCUUAAGACUAGAGACAUACUGCUUUUUGUUCCUCCCUGUUUCUCCAUGCCCACAUACAGACUGUGGUUCCUUACCCUCUUUCAUUCAACAUUGCUGUUAACAUGCUGUUGAUUUAUCCAUUGCCUCCUCAGGAAAGUUCCCAGGCAAGGUUGGCUCAGAUAAUCCAUGGAUUAUCCAGAUUCCUCCUUGGAGAUACUCAAAAUCCAUCUGGACCUUGUAAUGGACAACCUGCUCUGGCUGACUUGCCUGACACAGCCAAUGGCAAAGGCAAAGAGCAGACAGAGAGAGGAAAGUGGAAAGGAGGAAGGCUAGUAAGCAUGGGAAGAACAUCACAGCUCUGUUGAGCUCUGUAAAUAAGUAAAAUAAGGAAGGAGAUAACCUGCAUCUAAUCUCUAAGCUCCCUAACCCUGAGUUUACAUGAAGGCCAUGCUUAUGUAAAUUUACUAGAACAUUUUUGUUUGCUUGGUUUUGGAUCAUGUACCUUGAGAGCAAGAGCUGAGGUAUCAAGCAGCUGGGCUUAGGGAUCAGAUACACAGCAGACUUUGACCAACUAAAGAUAAAUUUCUGUAAUGCAGUGGGAUAACUUCAUUCUCUGCCCUACUUUUGAACCUUUUCUGCAGAUUUAUAUAUGAUUGAUUUUUUUUUUUCCAUUGUAAAAUGUAUUCAGUGGGUAUAAAAGUUCAAUAUAUGCUGUAUAAUUUUG